GUCGAGGCCGGUGAUACACCCUUUAAUGUCAGAAAUAUCUUACAAAGAAGUAAUGGGAAAAUUUUAUCUUAUUUGUUUACUUUUUUUGAAAAACACAGGAUUAUUAAAAUUUCUAGAUAAGAAGCAACUCCUGUUCCACACUCCAGUCCAGCGGUGGCGGUAAUACACCCAAACAGCUGUCAACCGCCAUAUAAAUCAGAAGGAGAGAGAGCGAGAGAGAGGAGAGCAGCGCAGUACAGCACGCGGUGUUGAAGUGAUCUACAUAAAGGCAGGAGAAAGAUGCCGGCAGCACUAAACCUCAGCAGUGAGGUGGUGAAGAUGAGAGCCGAGGUGAAGCGGGUGAGGGUGCUCAUCAUCCGCAAGCUCACCCGCCAGAUGGCCACUCUGAAGAAGAAGAAAGGGACUGAAGCUGACCUGGAGAGGAACCAGAGGAGAGCAGCGAGGUUGCUCGAGGAGAUCCACGAACUGAAGGCACUCGCACCAGACAGCGUCACCAAGGCUGCCCUGCAGAGUGACAUCAGCUUUGAGAAGGUGUGCCAGAAUAAAGACUCCAGCCUGUCGGAACGCGCCACAGCCCGCAUCGCCACACACCCCAAGUUCAGCAAGAGAAUCCAGAGCAUCAAAAACGCCAUCGAAGCCUUUAAAGCAGAGAGGAUAAAUGCUGAAAGAGCUGAAAAGAAGAAAGAAGGAAAAUCUAGAGAUGCUGAACAACAAGAGAGAGAAUCAGAUCGAGACAGUGAUGAUGAUGAUGAAGAAGAUGGAUCAGAUGAUGAUGGUUCCUCUCAAAAUGUCCAGAAAUCAGAUGAAGUGAAAUUAAAGGAGCCAGCAAAGGAGAAUAAGGAUCACGUCACAAUAAAAGAGAGCUCCUCAGAAACAGGUAGAACUCCAACUGAGGUGGUGAGGAUGAGGAAGGAAGUGAAGAAACUCCGGGUGCUAGUUAUCCGGGAUCUCACCCAUCAGAUCACCAGUCUCAAGAAGACAAAGGCUGAAGAGUCUGAGCUAAAAGGGAACAUGGAGUGUGUGGCACGGCUGCAAAAAGAAGUGCAGAUUUUGAGAACGCUUCUACCUGACCACAUUACCACCAGAGCUCUCGAGGGGAACAUUGACAUGGAGAAGGUGUUCCAGGAUCCAGAGUCUAGUGCAGUGGAGAAAGCAACAGCACGAAUCGCUACACACCCAUACUUUGUGAAGAAGCUUCAAGAUGUCCGACAAGCCAUUGAAGAAGAGAAGAAAAAGACCAUAAAGGCUGGAGAAGAGAAUAAGGAUAGUAGUGAGAUGAUGAAGGCUGAAGAUAGUGAUGGUGAGGUUGAAGAAGAAGAGGAGGAGGAGGAGGAGGAGGAAGAAAUGGCUAGUGAUGAUAACGAGGAGAAGGGGAAGACACUUCCAACCUUGAAGGUAAUUCCAAGGUCUCCAGUUAGAAAGCCACCAGAGAACGCCAAGUUGGCUUCUGCAAAAGAGAAAUCACAAGGAGUCAAGCUGGAAAAAGCUGUCAGAAGUCCUGCAAACCCAAAACCUACAUCCAAACCAGCUGUCAAAGCAGUCCAGAGUCUGCGAUCAAAGAGCAAAAAAACAGCACCACCAAUGAAACAAGUCUCCAAAACUGAUUCCAAGAAACCAGAAAACAGAAAGGACAAAGAAGAGUCGGAUUUGUCCGAUUCUGACGAAGAGAGAGAGUAUUUCGACGACAGCACCGAAGAACGUUUCCACAAGCAGUCGUCUUAUUCAGAGCAGAGCGAUGACGACAACGACUUCUUCCUCGGCAAAGUGAGCAAACUGAAGAAGAAGAAAAGCGACACUACACCCGGAAAGGAAAAAACAAACCUGGACCCUAACCAGGCUCGAGAGAAAGAGGCUCGCGAGACACCUCCAUUCAAAAUGCAGUCAGUCUUCUGCUCCACUUUGUCCAAAUCCAGCAGCUCCUUUCAGAAGGGUUCACAGCGUGGUCCAAAGCCAGCGUGUUUCCAGAACCGGAAACAUUCACAAGGUGACGAGAAAGCAUCAUGGGUUAAAAGCCAAGGUUCUGGAAGGGAAAAAAGGCCUCCGGGAUUUAAAAAUCAGACGCCUGGGUCCAGAGAGGGUUCAAAUCAGAAAAGUCCAAAAGGAGGUAAAAGUGGAAAACCUGCAUUUGAGAGGAAAACCGUGCCAUUUAAUAAAGCAGGGAAACAUUCCCAGCAGGCCCUGCAUCCAUCAUGGGAAGCCAGCAGGAAGAGGAAGGAGCAACAGGCUCAGAUCACAGCUUUCCAAGGGAAAAAGAUCAAAUUUGAUGACUAUGAUGAUUAACAUUUCUUUGGAACGUCCUUUAUUUGUUCAGACGUUUUACGAUGUCAGAAGAUAUGUCUUUUAAGUUCAUUUGUUCAUGUUGACGUUACAAUGGUUGAACACCUUUUCAUAGCUGUAUGUCUGUGUAAAUCGUAAAUAAAAUGUAAAUGUGUUUUUA